GAAGGCAGCAAAAGUUCGAAAAGUAUGGCGGCUGAGUGUUUGACGACCAUAACAGAGCAAUGGAUACGGGAGAGAUUACAGUUGAAACACCCCUGUCUCGGUGAUGUACGCUCACUGAGCCUCCCGGGGACAUACGAGGAGAAAAUCAGACAUCUGGGAAGCUCACUUAAUAACUUUGUCCGUCUGAAGUCUCUGGACCUCUCCUGCAAUGCGCUCAUCUCUGUUCAAGGAGUUCAACAUUUGCAAAUGUUGGAAAGGCUGAUCCUGUACUAUAAUUGCAUACCUUCCCUGGAAGAGGUGAAAGAGCUGUUCGAGCUGCCAGUUUUGAGAGAACUGGACCUCAGGCUCAACCCUCUGACUAAAAGUUACCCACACUACCGCCCUUAUCUGGUGCAUGCCAUGUCCAACCUACGCAAACUAGAUGGCUGCUCAGUUAGAGACACGGAGCGCAAAGCUGCCAUAAUGCAGUUCUCUUCUGACCUUCUGCCUCAGCAGAAGAGCUCAUCUUUGAAUCAGGCUGCUGACAAAAGAAGCAGUGCUCAGAGACUGAAUUCAGUGGACCGCUUAACCAGGAGGCUCUCUCUCCUGACUGACACUGAUGACAUUGUGUUGAAUUUUGUUGCGACACAUCAUGGAGGCCAAAAUGAGUCAAAGCCAGUUCACAAGGAGGCAGAGGAACCCAAAAAGGACGAAUUAGAAGAUUUAACAGAACAGAGAAGUUCGACUCCAAAACAGGAAACAGCCAAAUCUAUCCUCAGGUUUCCCCCUACAAAAUAUGAUAACACAGAGUCCAAAGUGCCACACACAAGAGAGCCAUCUCAUAAAAGAAGCUUGACCUCAUUAAAGGUGACUGAAAGACCAAAGGUGUCCUUUGGCCCCUAUGUAGAGAAACACAGACCUGUUCCUGGAAAACAAAAGCAAAAAGACCUCCACAAACAAACAAGACAUGCAGCCAAGGGACAUUACACCCCUAACCCUGAUCAAAGUCAUCGCCAUAGUUCUUCUUUAGCUAAUAUCCGGCCUCCCAGUCCAUGUCGUCCUGGUUUGAAUCUGUCUGACCCCUCCAACCCCAUUUUACAUCCUCCCAGACUGACCUACUCUAGCUUCAUCAAGACAGAAGGGGGCUCCAGCCUGCCGCAACAAGGAGAAAAGAAAGAAAGGGGUAGUUACAGGAAACCCCUGGAGAUGCUCCUCAACCUCGUGGACAAACACUGGAGGGGAGAGAGAUCUCUGCAUCAUAACAACAACUUCCUGUCUCAGGCGGUCCAGAUCCUGUCUAUGAUGGAAAACGAUAUUUACAGUCGGGAGGCUGAGGUCAGGACCCUAAGACGGGAAGCUGAUGCACUGAACUUUCAAAUGGCUGCACAAGAAGAAGAGCACAAAACUGAAGUCCGUAGCCUCUCCGCUCAGCUGGAGGAAGCUCGCAGUGCAGUUGGCAAACUGAACGAGCAGCUGAGGAUUGUCUUGGAGGAAAAUGUUGCUCUGCAGAGACAGCUCAUCAAGUUAGAACGACAGUAUCUUAAGUCUAUGAUGAAAAGUUCACCCAUUACUCAGAUUAAAGAGGCUCAGACAGAAGUGGAGGAGCUGAGGAAAGAGAUUGAGGGGUUGAGGAAGAAAGUGCAGGAGGCUGAGAGUGUCAAGGAUUUGUCAAAUAUGCUGCAAGAAAGCCACAGGUCCCUGGUGGCUACCAACGAGUGUUUACUAGCUGAUCUGAAGGGAAGUGGGGAACUUUAAAAAGGAAUUUGAAUGAAAAGAUGCACACUGGGAUGAAAACAUCCACGCAAGCCUGUGCCAUGCGUCAUACUAGCAUUGCAGUCGCUGCACAAGGCCCAGCAGUUACAGACAGUUUUUAAUCAUUUUUUACUUUACAUCACUGCACUGUACAUUUAGUUUUUGUGUAUAUUAAGUUGCUAGCGGUUUUAAAAAAUGUGUUUAUUAUUUUAAAAAAAUCUGUAUAGGCUGCGUUUGCUUGAUGUAAACAGUAAUGGGGAAAGGCAAUUUAGUCAAGGACGUUUGUGUAUAUGUGUGUGACAGGACUGUUAUGUUAAAUGAUUUUAGGUGGAAAAAAAAUUAGUGAGAAGGUCAUAAUGUAUUUCCUGGAUCAGUAGCAAGAUUGUGUCUCUGUUGGAAGCUUUCCCCCAGUUUUUUUUAGGUCACUUGUGUCUCCAUCUGUUUUGUACGCUGCAGUGGAAUGAAUGCAUCUAGAUUCCAGCUGCACUGUGACUUUAUUUAUACCUCUGCCUUCAGGCUGGAGAGCUACACACACACGCACUUGCCUCUCACAACAACUAAUGCAAGACCUGGCAAAGGUUAGGAGGUGGAUGCUACUACAUAAACUGAAUGUAGCCUUUAGUUUUUCAAUGUGAAUGCUACGGGUCAGUGGUCAGUACUGCAGAUGGGGAAUUUCAGUAAUCCCAAAAAAGCCAUAAGAACAUAAAAUUUUUGACUGACACCCUGUAACCUACUCAGCAGAGGUUCUGGGGUGUAUGUUUUUUUAUUUUCAGUAAUGCACUACAAAUCAUGAACACACAUUAAGAGAUCUAAAGAACAAGAACAAAAACACACUGCAUGCACCGGGCACAAUAGUACAUUAAAAGUUAUUUGAAAAUGCAUUGUAAUAAAAUAAGACAAUAUAGUUCCUCCACAUUAAAAGGUGCACAGUAUUUGGCAUUAAGCACAGAAAACAGAAACUACUGCAGCAGACAGGAACUAACACACUGAUAGCUGCAAGUUUUGCAUUUGAUGCACGAUUCUUCAUCAGCUGAGGCUACAGGUAAUGUGUGACAUAAACACUGUCACUAUGUUGGAAAAAUAUUCUACAAAAGUAUAUUACGUGCUUGCAAUUUUCCCUUUUAUCUCAUACAGUAUGUAAGGAUACAUCAGUAAAACCCUGUUUUUGUCUUCAGUUGAACUUGUGCCUUGGAUGAAAGUACCACAAAGAAAAGGUACUUUGAAUUUUUACCAACAGACAAAUAUAAUAGCAUUGGAGUAUAGCUGACUUUUUAUGUACAAGUUGAUACAUAUUGAUUUCAAGCAAUACGAGAUUUUAUCAGAUCCCACAAUUUUAUCACUUACUGUUUUUUUUUAGCAAGAAAAUACUAAAGUCUGUCCAGUAGUCUGUCCUCACAGCAGUUCAGAUAAGAUAUGACAAACUCUUACUGUCAUCUAAAUGCUUCUGAAUCAAAUGCAAUAUACAUAAACAUGCACAAAGUACAGCAAUACAGGAAAAACAACAUAUGAAGCCAGUGUCUUAAAUUAAGCCAUGUGGCUAUAACUUUUUAGAAUAUACACAAUCUUACCACAAAUAUAUUAGAACUACUGUAUAGAAAUCUGAUGAGGAAAUAUAAGUAAAAUGUUAAAAAUACAAUCUUGUACAUUUGAGGGGUUAGAGCCUCCCUUUUCAUCUGAAUUUCACCAAUUUAAAAGUCAAGAUGCAUGUUAGCAAAAUGGUUUGUGGUCUGAAUAAUGACAGAUUAGGAGACAAUGGAUUACUCCUGUUGUAUUUUUUUGUUGUUGGGAGUGUUUUAAGCAGGCAUAUUUUAAAGGUUUGCAUGGUAGGCGUUUAUGCUUUACAUCGUCACAAAAAAAGAAGAUAUGAUAGAAGACAAAAA